GCAGAGGGCACUUUGGUAACAAAAUGGCUCUGCUGGUUUUUCGUAGUAAUCUAAAAUACUUUCGCCAACGAGUUGUAUCGGUUUCAUCUUUAACAGUGUCGCUACAACAAAAACUUAGUGGGAAAGUUGGAUCUGAGCCUGUAAAGCCUGAUAACAAGAGCUCAGAACCAAGCAAACCCCAAACAAAGGAAGUUGUUGGAAAGUAUAAAGUACCAGAGUAUUAUAAUCACAAUGAAUGGAGUUUCAAUGAUAUGAUGAUUGAUAUGGGAAAAUAUUGGCUACCUCAGCCUUCUAGUAAGAGGCUUAACUAACUGUCCUUCAUACAAAAAGAAAACUGUAAUGAAAUGAAUUAAAAAUUGGGUUUUUUUUUGUUCUUAUAGAUAUGUUAGUAUUUAGCGAAACUGAUGCUGCUUUAAUUUAUGUGAAUUAAAGUUGUGUAGUUUUAAUAGAUAGACUUGUAAAUAGAAAUAAAAAUUGUGAACAAUAAUACAGACUGUUUCAGCAUGUGAAUUUUUGUACAAGUAAAUAUCCUGACAGUUUUUUUUUUAUGAAAUGUUUUAUGAAUUAUUUGUUUGGCUUAUGGUUCUUUAUUACAUUUGUUUUUGUAAACUAGGCUUUAUCAAUUACACUUAAAACUUGCAAAAGUAAAAUAAUACUGAAUUAUGAUAAUACAAAAAGGUGCCUAGUUAAUAAUAUAGCUACCAGCAGUUUCUUGAAGUUAUUUCACAAAGGAAGAUUUGUGUAAUCAUUUCAAUAUACCACAAAACAAGCUUUUAUUAAAAACUGGUUAUAUGACUGAAAA